AUGGCUCUGUGCUUAGCAAUAUCUCUGGUAGCUCGUCGUGAUUUUGUUCUUUAUGAUCAGUUGGUUCGCUACAAAUGGUGGUACAGAAAUGGAUACAUAUCAUCGACAGGAAAAUGCUUCGAUAUUGGUGAAUCUACUAGAAUAUCGAUUCAUAUGUUUGAAAGUCGACAAAAGGAGUUUGCCAAGAAGAAUAGCAUCUCAUUAGAAGAAAUUAAUUUUCUCUCAGACAAUAAUCUCCUCGAAGAAUUCAAAGUUAAUUGCAGCGCACAAGGAAAUGCUGGGAACGGAGCUCUGAUGCGUUUAGCAUCCGUUCUUCUGUUUUUUAAUCGUUUUCCGGAAAUUGCUGUUGAAUACUCGGGACGCAGUGGUUUUAUUACUCAUGGAGAUACAAAGGCCGUCGAUGCAUGUCGUUAUUAUGGAGCUCUUAUUAUAGCUGUGAUGAAUAAUACAAAGAAAGAUAUAUUACUGAGUAAGAAAUUUUAUGAUUUAACAAUCAAACAAUGGCUGAACAAGAAACAACUACAUCCUGAGAUUGACAACAUUGCCAAUGGGUCGUUUCAGAGGAAAAAAGGAUACGACGACGGAAUACGCGGCAAAGGCUAUAUAGUUAAUGCUCUCGAAGCUGCUUUGUGGACAUUUUGGAGCACAGAUUCGUUUGAGAAGGGUGUUCUAUCAGCAGUCAAUCUUGGUGACGAUACUGAUACAAUAGCAACUAUUUAUGGCCACUUGGCAGGUGUAUACUAUGGCUAUAGUAAACUACGACUUGAUUGGAUUGACGCUAUCUAUGCUAAGGAAUUCAUGCAAUGUUUGUGUGAAUUGAUCGCCUGCGAAGGAGAUCAAUGGCGUCCCAAGACGGAAUUUGAUCUGCAGGGUAUGAGUGUGGUUUAA